GAAGAUGCUGGAGGAGGCGGGGUUUCCUCGCUGGGCAGUCCCAGCCUCGGGAGGACGAGAAGGCGGGGGAGGUAAGAGAUUUCCGCUUCCGCCGAGAGCCGGAAGUCACUGUCUCCCGGGUGAACGAGGCGGUCGCCACAAGGGUGUGAGUGCAGGUUCACUCCCCUACAGACAUGGGGCGCAGAAAGUCGAAACGGAAGCCACCCCCCAAGAAGAAGAUGACAGGCACCCUGGAGACCCAGUUCACCUGCCCCUUCUGCAACCACGAGAAGUCCUGUGACGUGAAAAUGGACCGAGCCCGAAACACCGGAGUCAUCUCUUGUACCGUGUGCCUAGAGGAAUUCCAGACGCCCAUCACUUAUCUGUCAGAACCAGUGGACGUGUACAGCGAUUGGAUAGAUGCCUGCGAGGCUGCCAAUCAGUAGCGACGCAGACGGCCCACCCCCUUGGCAGCCCCGCCCACUGGGUACCAGUCGAGAGACAUUCCAGGGUGUGGGUCCAGGGCCUUUGCAGCCCCGAAUGUGAGUGUGUGCAGAGUGGGUGUGUGUGUGUCCCGAAUGUGAGUGUGUGCAGAGUGGGUGGGUGGGUGUGGGUGUGGGUGUGUGUGUGUGUGCGCGCGCACGCGCACACGCGGCUGCAGGUGCGACUGCGGGGGAGUCUUCGUGGGAAGCCGGUAGAGUUGAAGGGUGGUGGGGCCCUGGGGGCCUGAAAUGCUUGUUCAACAGGCCUUUGACUGGCUCCAGCCUCUAGCACCUGGGCCACCGGCUUCAGGGCCCUGUUUUCUCUAGAGGCCUGCGUCCUGACCCGCCUCUGCAGGGCAGGCCCUCAGAGGCUGCCACCGGCCUCUCCAGCACCUUCCUGUACCUCACCAGCACUUGGCCAUUGAACAGGACUGACUGCUCCCCCUCCCCAGCUGCCUUCCCAGGUCUCUGGCCUGGGAUUCAAGUCACAGUCCCAUGGGCCCCCUGGCAGGGCGGCCUGUUUUCAUGUUCCCUCGCUUUUGUAGAGGAGGGAGGGGCUGGGCUGGGGACAGCUGUCUGUCACAAGCCCUUAAAUAAAGCAGCAAACGAGGAA